AUGCGCAACUCGGUCGUGUUUGUCGCGCUCUCUGCACUCGGUGCCGUCAAUGCCGUCAAGAACUUCACCAUUGAUCCCUCGGCUGUUCCUCUAACGCAGCGGUCGAACUGGUGUUCUGCACAGGGCAACACAUGCUCGACGCUUUGUGACGGCAACCCCAAGGCCAACAGUUGUGACCCCAACUUGUUGACAUUCAACUGUCUGUGCCAGAACGGCACCGCCCCCGGCCUCGAGUACUACACGCAGACUCUGCCUACCUUCAUCUGCCAGGAAGCUUAUUCUGAGUGCAACGCAGCCAACGUUGGCAACGCACAGGGCCAGAAGAACUGCACGACUAGCAUUCAGGACCAGUGCGGUUCUCUCAACCCGGACAACUACACUGCUGUUGCUGCAAGCUCCUCUGCCCCGGCGACCAGUGCCACAGCUACUGACAAGGGCGCGUCGGCUUCGGCUACUAACACUCCUGCUCCGAGCUCGACCAAGUCCGCGAACGGCGCCAUGCCCACGGCCGUUGGCCACCUUGGCAACGGUGCCGCCGCUGUGGCUCUGGGCCUGUUUGCUUACCUCCUGUAA